AUGGCCCCUGCAGACAUCGACCAGUCUCCCUUCGGCCGCAUGUUCGACCUAGAAACCGUCCCCGAUAGUCCCGAUUCCGGCGACAUGAACGCUGCACACAAUUCACUUCUCAACCAAGUUACAGCCGCGGCCUGGACCACCUGCGACGAGAACAGCGGGGAGGAAAACUCGAGCAAUCCUGAAGCCCAGCGAGCGGCUCGGAAGCAGCUUCUCGCGGCGCUUAUGCAGGCUCUCGCGGAUUCUGCCGACGACACCGCCGCCGCCGCCGACGAGCCUUCCUCCUCACCGAAAUCCGCAGCGCUGGCAGCAAGAUCGCGGAAGCGCAAGGCGUCGGAGAUCGAGGCGGAGCCCUCCGCUGCUGCACCUGUCGUGGGCGGAAGCGAAGCGGAGGUGACGCGUGAGCUGCGCCGUGCGAUUUGUGCUGUCAUCCUCCGCAGCGAACCGUCACGCCCCCGGGGCGCUCCCGGCGCUGGUUUUCCCGGCACUCUCGUGCCUCCCGCGCCUGCGACGCCACCAAUGGUUACCACUCGAGCCACCCCCGUCGGCAGGACGCUCGCCCAUGGCUCCCUGCAGAUGCACUUUCGCCUGCCCAUCGCUGAAGGUGCUGCUACUGCACCUUCCGCUGCGCCUGCUUCACUAGCCACCGUGCCAGAAGCAGCAGCUUGCAUGAACUACUACUUAGACAACUCAGAUGAUGACAUGGCCGGUUUUGGCGGAAUUCCCGCCUGCGGAGGCGCUAAUGGGGCAGCAGAUGACGAUUGGUUGCCGCGCAAUCGCGGGCGCAAGGACCGGCAUGCGGCGGGCGAGCGCAUCAAGGCGCGGAGCAUGGCGGAGAGGCAGAGGCGGGAGAGGAUCAGUGAGGGGCUGCAGAAGCUGCGCUUGGUGGUGCGCGGGCAUGGGGACACAGCCACCAUGCUUGACAAGGCUGUAGCAUAUGUCGAUGCUUUGCAGCGCAGAGUGACCGCGCUGGAAACCGCCCUGCUGCUGCACCAAGCGUCGUGCAAACACCCGAGGCAGCCUGAAUGGUCCCUGGCCUCUUCUGGGGAAUCUUCUGAGCUCUUGUAG